AUGGAGAAUGGAGAUGUUUCUUUAUAUGACGACACCAGAGCAGGAGUCUUGAUGGUGUUUUUUAGAGAGCUGAAAGCUGCAGAUGCAGGAACAUACAGGUGUGGAGUGAAAGAAUCUGAGUAUACUGAGAGAUUCACUGAGAUACAGCUGAGCGUCAAACACGAUGCAAAAUAUCCAACAAGAGUGACAGAAUCUGUGUAUCUCGGUGGAGAAGUCAUCAUCACCUGUCAGAUCCCAGAGAAACAUAAAGUUCAUGUCUGCAAAGAGGAUGAUAAUCACAUCUGCCAGAACAUCAGCUCAUCUAAAGUGACAGAAAUGAGUGGUUCAUCAGAGAGAAAUGAAGAGAGAGUUGUUACAGUGAGCAUCAGUAAUGUGAGUGUGAGAGAUGCUGGAGUUUACUGGUGUGGAGCAGAAACCAGAGACACAGAUCUGACUUUCAUCUCCCUGAACACUCAAAUUCAGCUCAACCUCAUCACUAAAGUGGGUGUGUCUAGUGUGAGCGGCUACUCAGGAGGUCGUCUGAUGAUCAAGUGUGAACAUCCUCAAUACAAAACCAAACCAAAAUACAUCUGUAAAGAAUCAGACGGAUGUUCAGAGAGGAAGAAUCCAGGAGUUCAGGAUGAAUGGAUGGAGAAUGGAGAUGUUUCUUUAUAUGACGACACCAGAGCAGGAGUCUUGAUGGUGUUUUUUAGAGAGCUGAAAGCUGCAGAUGCAGGAACAUACAGGUGUGGAGUGAAAGUAUCUGACUAUACUGAGAGAUUCACUGAGAUACAGCUGAGCGUCAGACACGAUGCAAAAUAUCCAAAGAGAGUGACAGAAUCUGUGUAUCUCGGUGGAGAAGUCAUCAUCACCUGUCAGAUCCCAGAGAAACAUAAAGUUCAUGUCUGCAAAGAGGAUGAUAAUCACAUCUGCCAGAACAUCAGCUCAUCUAAAGUGACAGAAAUGAGUGGUUCAUCAGAGAGAAAUGAAGAGAGAGUUGUUACAGUGAGCAUCAGUAAUGUGAGUGUGAGAGAUGCUGGAGUUUACUGGUGUGGAGCAGAAACCAGAGACACAGAUCUGACUUUCAUCUCCCUGAACACUCAAAUUCAGCUCAACCUCAUCACUAAAGUGGGCGUGUCUAGUGUGAGCGGCUACUCAGGAGCUGGUCUGAUGAUCAAGUGUGAACAUCCUCAAUACAAAACCAAACCAAAAUACAUCUGUAAAGAAUCCGACGGAUGUUCAGACACUAAGAGUCCAGGAGUUCGGGGGUCAUUCCACAAAAUCGGGACACCAAAGGCACAGAUUUCAAGGGAUGACCCUUGGGAGGAAUGGAUAGAGAAUGGAGAUGUUUCUUUAUAUGACGACACCAGAGCAGGAGUCUUGAUGGUGUUUUUUAGAGAGCUGAAAGCUGCAGAUGCAGGAACAUACAGGUGUGGAGUGAAAGUAUCUCGCUAUACUGAGAGAUUCACUGAACUACAGCUGAGCGUCAAACACGAUGCAAAAUAUCCAGUGGUUGUGAAUAAAACUGCAUUUCUUGGCGAAGUUCACAUCACCUGUCAGAUCCCAGAGAAACAUAAAGUUCAUGUCUGUAAAGAGGAUGAUAAUCACAUCUGCCAGAACAUCAGCUCAUCUAAAGUGACAGAAAUGAGUGGUUCAUCAGAGAGAAAUGAAGAGAGAGUUGUUACAGUGAGCAUCAGUAAUGUGAGUGUGAGAGAUGCUGGAGUUUACUGGUGUGGAGCAGAAACCAGAGACACAGAUCUGACUUUCAUCUCCCUGAACACUCAGAUUCAGCUCAACCUCAUCACUAAAGUGGGCGUGUCUAGAGUGAGUGGCUACUCUGGAGGUCGUCUGAUGAUCAAGUGUGAACAUCCUCAAUACAAAACCAAACCAAAAUACAUCUGUAAAGAAUCAGACGGAUGUUCAGAGAGGAAGAGUCCAGGAGUUCAGGAUGAAUGGAUAGAGAAUGGAGAUGUUUCUUUAUAUGACGACACCAGAGCAGGAGUCUUGAUGGUGUUUUUUAGAGAGCUGAAAGCUGCAGAUGCAGGAACAUACAGGUGUGGAGUGAAAGAAUCUGACUAUACUGAGAGAUUCACUGAGAUACAGCUGAGCGUCAAACACGAUGCAAAAUACCCAAAGAGAGUGACAGGAUCUGUGUAUCUCGGUGGAGAAGUCAUCAUCACCUGUCAGAUCCCAGAGGAACAUAAAGUUCAUUUCUGUAAAGAGGAUGAUAAUCACAUCUGCCAGAACAUCAGCUCAUCUAAAGUGACAGAAAUGAGUGGUUCAUCAGAGAGAAAUGAAGAGAGAGUUGUUACAGUGAGCAUCAGUAAUGUGAGUGUGAGAGAUGCUGGAGUUUACUGGUGUGGAGCAGAAACCAGAGACACAGAUCUGACUUUCAUCUCCCUGAACACUCAAAUUCAGCUCAACCUCAUCAUGCCUCCAGUAGUGAGACGUGAAGGAGAAUCUGCUGAGAUCUUCUGUCCUUAUGAUUCAAUCUAUAAAUCAAAGCUAAAGUCUCUCUGUAAGGGGAAGUGCUCCACUAGAGACAGAAAUCCUCUCAGUGAGACUGUGAGAGAAGAGAAAGAGACCAAGACUGGCAGAUUGACUCUGAAAGAUAACGUCACUGCAAGUGUCUUCACUGGGACCAUCACUGCACUGACAGCAGAGGAUGCUGGGAAAUACUGGUGUGCAGUGACAUUAGAAACAGAGCUCAAUUAUCUUCACACUCAUCUGAUGGUCAUCAUGAAUGAGGAGCUGAACUUGACUAAGUAUGAAGGAGACGACGUGUCAAUCCAGUGCAAACAUCAGGAUGAAGAUCAGAAGCGCUUCUGCAAAGCACAUGAAGUCUCCAUGUGUGUGAAGGAUGGAGUUUCAUUGGAGACGAUCAGAGAUGAUCGAUUCUCUUUCAGCAUCUUUGAAGCAUCUGCUGGAGUCUUUACUGUGAACAUCACUGAUCUGAGAGAAGAGGAUUCUGGGAUAUACUGGUGUGGAGAUCAUGUCAUCACUAAAGUCUGUCUAGAAGUCAACAAAAGGGCUUCUGACAGAAUCAUCACCUCUUGCAUCUUUGUGACUCUGCUGCUGAUGGGAGCGUCUGUCCUGUUACUUUACAAAUUAGGAUACAUCAAGACAAAAGAUCAGCACCCUUCCCCAGACAGGACAGAGAUGAGCGGCAGAGAGGCCUUUCAUGCUGCAUGUGACUAUGAGAAUAUCAGAGAUGUCAGACAGUGCGUAGUCGUGGGAACUGAGGAAACUGUGUUAUAUUCCACUGCCACGCAUCCCACAGACUCGUCAGAUACACACAACACACUCUAUUCUAAAUUACAGUUACCCACAAACCCCUCUGAUGGGCUUCUGUAUGCUUCAGUCCGCUUCCAGAAGCAUGAAGAGUCUCUCAGCGAUGCUACAGUAACCUCCAAUAAAGAGGAUUUUUACUGUAAUUACACCACGGUCAGUCCCCGCAUGUCACUCAACUAAUUCAACUCUUAAAAAUAAAGGGUUCAGAGGGGUGUUUUUUAUUUUUUAUUUUUUUAUUUGCUAUAGUGAUGCCAAAGAAGAACCCUUUUUGGUUCCCCAAAGAACCUUUCUAUAAACUGUUCUUAAAAGAGCUGUGUUUUUCUUAGUGUUGAUAACAUUCUAACAUUGUAAAGAAUGUUUUCAGCUAAUGCUUGUGCAUUGUGAAGAUUCCACUGAUGCUCUUCAUUGAACUGUCAAGGCUGAUGAAGAACAUUUAUUGGGAAUCUGGUCACGAGUGUAGUGAACUUUUAAUGUGUACAGUGACUCCUAACAUUAUUUACACUUCAGUGACACUUAAAAAAGCAUUUUAUUAGAUACAAAAUUAUAAAUAAAUACUGUACAACAAAUCAAAUACCAUUUAUUGUAGCAAAAGUACUUUUUUUCUCUUAUUUUUUUUUUUAUCUCAAAAUAAGAAGUAUUACAUGAACUGCCCUUCUGUACACUCAUAAAUGUGAAAGAAAUUCAUAAUUGAUGAAAAACUAGUAGCAUUUGUUUACACAUGAUCUUCUCUGUUCAGGUUACCAUUGUUAGUCAUUUUAUCACACUGCCAUGAAAUUACAGAUAACUGAAACUGUAGAUAAACAAAUUAAACACAGGAGCAGAGCAUCUGCUGGAAAUGUAGAAGAAAACAACUCGACUGGACAUUUGUUUUACACACACGACACACCCUUGCACCCAAAAGCAUCUGCAAACAACUGAUGCGUAAAAAUGAAGGAAGAAAAAGCAACCAUAACAUAUGUAUUUUCAUUUUGAAUGUACUUACUGCAACUGUUUAUUUAUUCGUUCUAACUGCACUGUGUUUGUUCAGAGAUGCCUCAUAGGCAUAGAAGGACCAUAUGAAAUAAAGCAGAGUGUUUAAGAGCCGUACCAGUUAUGAGACUGAGGUAUUAAUACACGCUAAAUUAAAUAUGUGCCUUGUUUAUAUCAUGUAUAUUGUACAGGUCAUCGCCUGAGGUUGUGUGUGUGUGUUUGUUAUAUACAGUUUUUGGUUUUGGUUUUCAUUUAUCACAGUGAUAGUCCUACAGGAACACUAACCCACAUAAUCAAUCACCUUCAGCUGGUCAGUUGUUUGACUAGACUGCUAAUCAUUCACUUUGUGUACCACACGUCUUAGUUUUCUGCCCUCUGCUGUUCAAGCAUAAAAAAUGCAGUUUAAACCUUUCCUUGGUUUGACUCGAUUAUUUAUUGAGUAGCAGUCAACAGCAUCAUGACUGAUGAAAACAAUACAAAGACGGAAAUUAAGCCACAUUUGAAUGCAAACACCCAUGUGUUUUUCUACUCUUAUUUAUAUAUAUAUAAUACUUUUUUUCUGUAAAUGUGUGUUAAUUUGUGUGGCAGAAGCUUUCAGACCUGAACAGGAGUUAACAGACAUGAAGCUGCUCGUGGUCAGUCUCUUUGGUUUAACUCCACUGUGAGUCAGUGACAGCAGGACUGUAUUUCAUAACUGUGAGCCAGAAGAGUUUAGCAAAGAGGAAAAGGAAGAGGUGGAGCUGUUUGUUUAUAUAUAUAUAUAUGUACAGAUUCACAUGAGCGAGAGUCUUAUCACCAGUGAAGAUGAUUAAGACCCUUCUCUUCUUCACAAUCUGUCUGAUUAAAGAAGCUUUCAGACCUGAACAGGAGUUGACAUGAAGCUGCUCGUGGUCAGUCUCUUUGGUUUAACUCCACUGUGAGUCAGUGACAGAAGGGCUGUAUUUCAUCUCUGUGAGCCAGAAGAGUUUAGCAAAGAGGAAAAGGAAGAGGUGGAGAUUCUUUAGUCUAGAUGUGUGACUCUUUUAGCAGUCUCUGACCGCUGAAGAAUGUACAGAUUCACAAGAGCGAGAGUUUUAUCAUCAGUGAAGAUGAUGAAGACCCUUCUCUUCUUCACAAUCUGCCUGAUUAAAGGUCACAUGGGUGAUGAUGCUGACGCUGUGACUGGCAUCUCAGGAGGAAGUGUCAUCAUCAACUGUGAAUAUAA